AUGACCAGAAUUAAACGAGGAUGUAUAGCUCGGAGACGUAGAACAAAAAUUCGUUUAUUUGCAUCAAGCUUUCGAGGGGCUCAUUCAAGACUUACUCGAACUAUUACUCAACAGAAAAUAAGAGCUUUGUUUUCGGCUUAUCGGGAUAGAGGUAGGCAAAAGAGAUAUUUUCGCCGUUUGUGGAUCACUCGGAUAAAUGCAGCAAUUCGAGGUAAUAUAGUAUACUAUAGUUAUAAUAUUUUCAUACACAAUCUGUACAAGAAGCAGUUGCUUCUUAAUCGUAAAAUACUUGCGCAAAUAGCUAUAUUAAAUAUAAAUUGUCUUUCUAUGAUUUCCACUGAGAUUAUAAAAUAA